AACUGGAAGUUGGAAAUCCCUUUGGAAACAUUGCCGUAUCUAGACAUUGAGUAAAGUUAUAUGAUGUGAAUAUCAGGGAUAAAAAGUUUCUUACACGAUCAUUCAAGAAAUUUACUUCAGACAGAUUGCUUGGAAGCUGUUUUAUUAGUGUGUUUGGCUUCCUUUUGGAAUAAGUGGAUCAGUCACUGUCAGGCAUUUAGAGGAUAAGAAAUGUUAUGCUGAGAAAUAUCUUGGAGUAUGUCAAAAAGAAACAAGCACAGACCUGUUGAUGCUGAGAGAACUGUGGCAGAGGCCAUGAGACAGGUGGAAAAGGCUAUGAAACAUGUUAAGGUGGUCACAGGAGGGAUGAAUGAUCAGGGAUAUGGGGGAAGCCCUGGUAUGGAGUUUACUUCAGAAAGUGGGCGUGACGAGGCAGAGGGUGCAAGGACAAAGAUAAACAAAGAUGGCUCAAUCAAAAUUGAAAAAGGUUUCAUUGGAAAAAAGACUUCAAUACAUAUACAUAAUUCAAAAAAUGUACAAGUUGGAAACAACAAUGUGAUGGUGGUAAAUCAGACAUCAGGACGUCGUAGAGGAAGGCGACGGAACGACACGAGUUCUGAUUCGUCAGACUCGUCGGAAGAGGAUCCACCAAGAGAGGCAGCUAAACCUAUCACCGACAUCUGUCAACAGAUUCUCAGUUCCACCAGACUCGCCAACGACCAGGACAUCAGGAAAGCCACUACAAUGAUUGGUAAAUCAUGGCGGAGAGUAGGUCGAACCCUGAAUGUAAGCGACACUGACCUAGAACAGAUCUAUAUCCAGUACUUCAGGGAGGAGGGAAUACGAGGUGUGGCACAUCAUAUGUUUACAAAAUGGAAACAACAUAAUGGCAAGAAAGCCACAGUAGGAGUCUUGACAACUGCACUGUCAAAGGUCAAUGACACCAAGGACAUCCAAGUGAACUUUGAACCAUAAUAAAGGGUUUAACAUUGAGCUUGUGCCUUAUUUUAUGGUGAUUGGCAUCUUAUUGUGAUAUUACUAGGAAUCAUUUGCUAAUUUGUGAGUGUUCAACUUGAAAAUUCUCUAAAAUCAGCCAGUUUUUAGCACAGAGGGAGGAAUGAAGCUUUGCCGGAUUAAGUUUUCUCUCUGUAUGGACGAAAUUUGAAGCAUAGGAAACAAGAGAAAAUUAUAAUAAAGAGAUGUCCGAACACAGUGUUUUAAUUAGACUUAAAAAAAAAGAUAUUUUAAUUACAAAAUAUUAUUGCAUUCUUCAACCUCUAUAUUCUACACACUGCAUGGCCUCACUUUCAAAUUAAUAAAUGGUUCACUCCGAGUCAGAGAAAUAGACAUGAUACAUGUAUGUCUAUAAAUCAUCUAGAUAUGCAACAGUUUGAUAAUUUUAACUGGUCUAUUAUCAUACUGACACUUGUGUGUAUGUAAACCUGACCAUUAUUAGAGGACUCUUUUGAAAAAGCUCCGAUUUUAUUACAUUUAAUACAAUAUUUCAUAUUUUUUUUUUACAUAAGUGUCUUCAUUUUGAUAUUUUUUUUAAAAUUAUGUACAUUUUAAUUAUGUAUUGAAAUAUUAAUCAAGUGGCAGGUUAAUUCAUUCAUAUUUCUGAUUUUGAACAUUAAACAACUGUUAAACA